CCUCCGAACACUAGCGCAGAUAAUCCCUGUCAACCUUUCCACCCCUUCCGAAAUUUAUCGCGAGACAGCUCCUUUGCGACGACGACAUCCAACUCACGAGUCAAUCACCACUCGCAACCAUGCUCCCGACACGAGUUCUACUGGCGCGGUCAGUCUGGAAAGGACCACACAUCGUCCCGCUUCCAAUCGUGCGCUAUGGACAGGGAGAGAAGGUCGUCCCCAUCAGGACGCAGCAGCGCUCGGCGACGAUCCUGCCGAACUUCGUGGGGCUGAAGUUCCAGGUGCAUAAUGGAAAGGUGUACCACGAUGUCACGAUCACGGAGGAUAUGGUGGGACAUAAGCUGGGCGAAUUCAGCACGACGAGGAAGCGGUUUACGUAUAAGCAGAGUAAGAAUAAAUAGAUGGUGUAUACAUGGGAAUUUUGAUGGCGUUUGGGUGGUCGCUGUAUGAUAGCGUUUUGUACGAUAUGGUACACUAGGAGCUUGUAAGAAGAGAAAAGAAUACACAGAAUAGAAUCUACAACCAAG